UUUCCUGUGACGAUCGUAAUGAAUGUGCUGGUGAUAAUGGCGGUGAAGACAAGACCCAGAUUGCAAAGUAACUAUAACAUUUUGCUGGCCUGUUUGGCUGGAACAGACCUGUUAGUAGGAGCCGCUUCACAGCCAAGUUACAUCGUGGGGCAGAUUUAUGUCAUAAAAGGAAUAUCUCUGUCGGAAUACUGCAGAUACCACAAGCUGACCAAUCUUCUGGUCUUAUGUCCUAUUUUUGCAUCCGUGUUACAUCUGACACUAAUUAGUAUUGAACGAUUUGUGGCUAUGAAGUAUACUUUUCGUUAUAUAACAAUUGUUACAGGGCUUCGCUUAAAAAUAGCCGUUGUUAGUUCCUGGGUGUUCGCAUUUUGCCCAGUUAUUCUGCGAAGUCUUUCUGAAAAGUUGGAAUUUAUUUCCUCGGUCGUAGCUGUAAUGGUUUUAUUUCUCAACAUUUUGCUAAUACUUUUCUGUCACUUAUCGGUUUACUUUGUAACCCGUCGUCACGAGAAACAAAUUAAGAGUGAACAAGUUUCACCACAAGCUGCUGCAGACUUCGCAAAGGAGAAAAAAGCUCUGAAAACUACCAGGAUAAUUAUAAUGGCUUUGCUUGUAUGUCUUUUUCCCCUGUUUAUGUAUGUUUUUCUUUGGUUCGCCUUUUCUAAGAGUAGUAGUUAUACUGGGAAUGUAAUAAUUUUGUCUCAUCCGGUUUUCAUCUGGUUGUCAUCGCUGAAUUCUCUGUGCAAUCCGAUCAUAUACUGCUAUAGAAAUAAGAUGUUUCGAAAGGCAUGCAAGGAGCUGCUUAGAAUGAAGUGCACGAACUUUAACGAGGAGUAA